GAACUUCAUAAUACUCUCUCUCUCUCUUCUCUCUCUCUCUCUCUCGUCCUUGCAUUGGUCACUCUCACUCCCCGGUCUCUUCUAAUGGAGGAAAAGGAGAGUACGGUUUCUGGGUCAGUGUCGGAUUCUGGGUCAGGCUCGCCGUCUCCGGUAACCAGCUAUUCCGCCGCGGCGGCGGCGGUGGGGGAGACGACUCCGCUGAAUCUGCCGUUCAGCAUCAACACAGCUAACAUAAACACUACCGGCUCGGGCCUCGUGACGUCAUUCCAAGGCUCGAUGACAUCACCGGUAGGGCCUAGCACGGCGUCUCCGGCGAUGGACGUGGCGGCGGCGUCGGGUGGCGAUGUGAUGGAGACGGCGGCGGUGGGGAGAAACGGCGGCGGAGAUUUGUCGGGGAAGAAGAAGAGAGGGAGGCCGAGGAAGUACGACUCUGAAGGGAACUUGAUCAUACGGUCGGCUCCGGCGACGGCCGCGGGGUUUUCGUUCUCGCCGGCGCCGGCAAAGAAGAGCAAAGGCAAAGGCUUUGGCUCCGGCAAUUGGAAUCUUCUUGCUUCAUUUGGAGAAGUAUUUGCAAGAACAGCAGGAGAAGACUUCACACCACAUAUCAUCACUGUCAAUACAGGAGAGGAUUUGGCCGGGAAAAUCCUGUCGUUUACGCAAAAGGGUCCUCGAGGAAUCUGCGUUUUAUCAGCAAUCGGAGCAGUUUCUAACGUCACGAUUCGGCAGCCUGGAUCCGCCGGGGGUAUCCUCACUUACGAGGGCCGGUUCGAGAUACUAACAUUAACCGGUUCGUUUGUGAUAACCGAAAUCGGGGGAGUUAGGAACAAAACCGGAGGUUUGAGCAUUUCAUUGGCCGGACCCGACGGCCGUGUCAUUGGCGGUGUUGUUGCCGGAGUUCUCACCGCCUCUAGCCCCAUCCAAGUUGUGAUUGGAAGUUUCUUGACGUUUGGUGCGAGACCCCAAAAGAGGAAGUACGAACGGAGAACGGCGGUUGCUCCAGCGUCAUCAAACGCGGUCUCUGCGUCCACAGGCAAAAUCUCCGAUACAAAACCAGAGAACCAGCCAGCGUUUGGAUUACAGCAACAGCAGACGCAGAUCCCUGAAGCGUCUUCUUUCAACCCGGCGUGGAACGGUCCAGAAGCUGAUCCACACCGCGGGAUUUCACCCGACAUUAACGUUUCAGCUCCGAGCGAGUAGGAUUUGAGCUUUAUAGAUGCUUCUAACCAUUCUCAUAGGUUGACAUGAGAGAUUCAGAAGUAAGAUUAGUUCGGGUUUUUUUCUUCUUUUUAUCGACCCGAUAUUUAUGAACAAUCUCUUUCCGGGUUUCCUAGUUAGCUUUAGAAUCGAGUUUUAGUGUUUCAGGGUUCACAUUUUCCACCUUUAUCGGAAAUCUCAGUCUCUUUAUGAACCCUCAUGACAGAAACUGUGUUCUGCCGCAAGAGCAAUUUUCACUAUGGAUUCAUCUUUCUUGGGUUGAUUCUUGUUCCUAUUAAACUCAUUAUUAUAUUAUAUUAUUUGUACA